AUGGAGGUGAAUAAUGAGUAUUAUCUGGAGGCGGUGAAUAGUGAUCGCGAGGUGGUGAAGAGUGGUUUCGCGGAGGCGAAUAUAGACCGCGUUGGGGUGAAUAGUGAUCUUGAGGUGAAUAAUGAUCGCGAUCGCCAGCAGGGUUUGUUGCUGGACUACGAGAUGUGCUACAGGGGCAUUUAUCACGACGUCCGCGAGAAGCUGGAUGCGAACCGCGCGCUCUUCUUCGGUUACCUCCUCUCCGUGUUGGACGAGGUGCAGGAGCCUGCAUGGGCCAAGCCAUUGGCUGUGCCCACGUAUCAAAUCCGGGCCCUGGAGGCGGUCCCGGAGGUGGUCCUGGAAAUGGUCCCGGAAAUGGUCCCGGAAGUCCUGGGGGCUGGCCGUAGGGAAGCGGAGUUGGCAGUCCCGCGUCAUAGAAGUUAUCGGGGCGCCAAGAGUUCCUCUCGUAGUUGGCGAUCGGAUCUUCCCAGUACGCCUCGCGAGGAGGAGGGUAUCGAGAAUAUGGUGAAUAACCAUUUGAUGGACCCGGAGAAGGGGGUCGCUACAUCUUCAGAGAUUCCGCACAGCGAGAGGAUAGUACAGUAUGCAGAGGUUGAGGCCCUAUGCUGCGGGCACCACCAAUCACAAGGGACAGUCGAGAUGCUGGAGCGGAUGGCAUACCCUCAACUCUGCGGUGUUGGCCCGCAUUACUUUGCUGUCACCCGAACUGGCGCUGACUGCGCUCAAGUAUAUAGGACAGAUCACUCGGCAAGAGUGAUUGUUGAGAGUGGCUCCAACGAGAGUGUACAAUCCGUGCUCGAUUAG